CACCACCGUUGCCUCAGCACGACACGACUUGAACUCUGGAGCCUGGGCAGGCGGCGAUAGCCGCGAGCAAAACACGUCUCGCCGUGAGACGGAGCGGGAACGCACAAGGGGACGCCUUCCGUGCCCACGUGAGCUGGUGAGCCAUGGGUAAGAAGAUGCACCUGAAGCCGUGGCUGCUGUUGCUGCUAGUCGCCAAAGUUGCAUCUGAAAGUGCCAAGGAGACGUGCCAGGUGGCUGGGUGCGCAUGCAACGUGUUCGAUGACGUCGGCGAAAUGUUCCUUCAGUGUGCGAACCACUCGCUUCAGAGGUUACCUGAACUGGCAAACGCCGUGGUCGGCGUUGAUGCUAGCCAUAACAUGAUUAACGAGUUGGUCAAGUUCCCCAAGCUGCCUCUUGAAGUGUUAGACUUGCACUUCAAUCGCAUCAGCGAGAUACCGGCCGGUGUGUUUGCCGAACUAAGCUCACUCGAAUUCCUUGACCUGAGCCACAACAACAUCGCUGACGUGCGUCCGGAAUGCUUCGAAGGACUCGAGAGGCUUUCGGUGCUGAAUUUGACUGAGAACUUCCUAGAGGUUCUCCAGCCCAAGGUGUUUAGCACAAUGCCCCACCUCAAGAAGCUUCUGCUUGCUGGAAACACUCUCACGGCCAUCGACUCAUCGUGGCUGGCCGGCUUGCACAAGCUGGAACAUUUGGACUUGCGCAUGCUUGGCCUUCGUUCGCUGCCCAAAGGCGUGUUUCAGGACUUGCCGCUGCUACAUCUGCUGGAACUCUCGGACAACGAGUUCGAAGACGUGCCAACAAAGGCGCUGGCCAGCGCGAAGUCCCUGAAGAUUUUGCACUUGGAGCACAAUCCUAUAGUUACGCUCACUUCCGAGUCCUUCGUCGAUAUCGUCGCUAUCGAAGAGCUCCACCUAUCGGCGAUGCCCAGGCUGGAGUCUGUGGAGGAAGGAGCCUUCACUGGCCUCCAGCAUUUGAAGAUCCUGGACUUGGCCAACAACCCUGCUUUGAGUUCCAUCGCUGCCGGCGCUCUUAGCAUAGAACCCAGCAACAAUACCCUGAAGGAACUGUACUUGGCUUACGCCAACCUGACGUCACUUUCUUUUGCCGGUUUCGAGUGGUGCAGCAUUGGCGUUCUGGACCUGCGUGGCAACCCUUGGCAUUGUGACUGCUCCUUGUAUUGGGUCAAAGGCUGCCACUUCGCACCGGAACUUAUUACCAAGUUUUUGUGCGACUCCCCGGCCUAUCUCUCGGGCGUGCUGGUGACGCAGCUGACGGACGAUGACCUGCAGUGCGUGCAGCACAGUGCAGCUGCUUCGGGCAACGGACAAGAGGAGGAGGAGCACCACCACGGUCACAUGACGCUGCGGCUGCUGGUGGUCACUGCGGGACUCGUGACGCUUCUCAUGGUGCUGGCCGUGGCGCUGGUCGCCUUCCGGCACAAGGACAUCCGCGACUGGUUCCAGGACCGGAAGCGCAUCGGCGCCGUCUACUACGUCAAGGCCAACUCGGGCCCCUCGUCGCGUUGCUCGCAGGUCUGACCAACGCAGGAUUAAACAUUGGACGAAUCUUGGCCCAGCUACUUCAGAGCCCCCUUCCCCUCGCCCCUUGUUCUUCUUGAGGCGGACUGCUCGUGCAAAUGUAUAAUAUUCGAAGGAU